AUCACACAAGUAUGUGGAUGUUUCACAGAGUCCAGAGCGACGCUUUUACUUCUCAGAGCAGCGGACAGAGGAUGCGCCUCACGCCUGCACGGAGAGCCGAGGUCCAGCUUUAAACGUAACUCGCCCUCAUCACAACCCGGAGAGCGCUGACCGCGAGCUUUUUGAACAGAGAGGACCGGAGUAUUUCUCUCAUGCGCUAACAUGGACAGUCCGCGGGCUCGAGGUCAACCGGUUGAUUUUCAGCGCCAGUGAACGAAGAUGAGGUUCAGUUAGUCCAUGAUGGAUCACCAUCACGAUCUGAAAUGUAAAAUAGUUGUGGUCGGGGACACUCAGUGUGGGAAGACGUCUUUGCUAAAUGUUUUUGCCAAAGACUCCUUUCCAGAGAACUAUGUUCCUACAGUGUUUGAGAACUACACAGCCAGUUUUGAGGUGGACACAUUGAGAGUUGAGCUCAGUCUUUGGGAUACUUCAGGGUCUCCAUACUAUGACAACGUGCGCCCCCUUUCUUACCCAGACGCUGAUGCAGUUCUCAUCUGUUUUGAUAUCGGUCGACCGGAGACUCUGGAGAACGUGCUAAGAAAGUGGAAGGGAGAAAUCGAAGAAUUCUGUCCCAAUACAAAAGUACUUUUGGUGGGAUGCAAGUCAGACCUGCGUGCAGACUUGGCCACAUUCGUGCAGCUGUCCAAUGAUAUUCCUUCAUCGUACGACCAGGGCUCAAACAUGGCCAAGCUGAUCUCGGCUCCUUACAUCGAGUGCUCAGCGCAGCAGUCGGAGAACAGCGUGAGGGAUAUUUUUCACAUAGCCACACUGGCCUGCAUCAGCAAAAGCAACAAGAAUGUGAAGCGCAUCAAGUCCGGUAGAGCCACCAAGAGGACUUCACAUGUAUCUAACAGACCUGCGUUGGACUCAGUGUCACGUCUGCACAAGACCAAGGCUAAAACCUGCACAGUCAUGUGAUUUCAGAAGCCAUUUCAUCUGCAUGCAUUCCUUCUCCUAUCAGGAUUCUUUCUAAAACUCCACUGAGGAAUUCAGGGGACACGAACUGAAGGAAGAUAUUUUGCACUUCACUAUAUUCACAGUAUGUGUGACCGAGUCAGUGAAAUGUAUUGAUGAUAAUGGAGUCCGUUCUCCCCAUUUAAAAGAAAAACCUCAGAAUAAAACACCUAAAGCAGGGAAAAUGUUCCUAUGUACUGCCAAAUAAGCACUUAUAACUUGUAGAAGCUGUCCAAAGAAGAUUUCCUGUAGAUUUUCUUCUGUUAUAAUAUUUUAUUACAACAUAUCCCAGUUCAUGGACGUAACUAAUGUAAUUAACGCAUGGUCAGCGCUGCUAACCGUAGUCCUGUACAAUCAGACCUGACUGCACCAAAAAGUGUCAAAUAAUGUAACAGAUAUACAUUGUAGGUAUUUUUUUUCUAUGCAAGAUAUUAAUACAAGGAAAUAAAUUACGCGUACCUGUUGAAAA